GCCCAUGUCUUAUCACCAUUUUCCAGAGGACUACACUUCUGUCGAGUGAAAAGGACACCUUACACCAUGGAUGGAUUCUGCCUUCUCUAUUUGAUCCUGAUUCUCUUGAUGAGAUCUGGUGACGUUGAAACCAAUCCAGGUCCUAACACUGCAGUAAGUACUGUCAGUGAAUUGGAGUUCCUGAAGCUGGCCCAGGACAUCUCUCCAUCUUACUACAAGGCUGUAGGGAUAUCUUUAGGGAUCCCCCAUGCUCAGCUACAAGCAAUCCUGGUUGAGAAUUUGAAGAACUACACCAAUGCGUUACUGGAUGUGUUUAUGAAAUGGAAUGUCAUGCAGCAACCUCCACACUCAAAUAAACGACAGUUUUUGGCAGACAAACUUCGAGAGAUUGACUUGGGUGGCCUAUCAGACGGAUUACUCAAUGGACCUCCAAUUCCAAACAGCACAGGUAAACAGAAACUAAUUCUUGCAACACCAGAAGACAUAGAAAAUCACUCAUAA